AACCUUGGAUGGACCUUUGAUGGCAUGGAAUAUUACUUUGCUGUGUUUAAAUCUGACAGCAGGAGAGCCGUCAACAUUUAAUGCAAUUUUGAGAGGUUUUUUGGCCUUGACUUGGCUGGACUUGAUCAGCAGGUUUGGGGUGUUACUGUGAGAAUAUAACAACAAGGAAACAGAGCACAUUUUCUGGAGUGUGGGUGGAGUUUUUUCUAACAAAAUGUUUCAGUGAAGAAUAGAAUCUCACAUUUAGUCCAAUGGGUGAAAAAGACAGAAACUAGAAGAGCAAAAUUCCAUCAGCUGAACAGAAAGUAACAAUUGAUGCUUACGCCAACAUGAGGCUACUGUUUCUCUUCUACUUAUUCCAGAUUUUCUUGACAGUAAAAUCAGGUUCUCAUUCUUUUUGGAUGUUCAGCACAUUCAUAAAGGGUGAGACUCCAUUUCCAGAAUACCAGGCUAUAUUUAUGCUGGAUGACAUCCCGUUUGCAUAUUACGACUCAAAUGACAACAAGGUUGUACACAGAGGUCUGAAUGGUCCGGAGAGAACACCUGACCUGGGAUAUGUUCCUCAUGGAAUCAACUAUGAAUGUAUGAGAUCUAGAGCAUCCUAUCUGAGACAGCUUCUAAACCACACAAACAGUUUUCAUGUUCUACAGAGAAUUUUGGGAUGUCAGUUACAGGAAAAUGAGGACAUAGGAACUUUAACACACAAAGAUGCAUUCAACGGGGCAAUUGGAGAUGUCCGUUAUUACAAUCCACAAUCUGACAGCCUUUAUACUGACCAGGUGUGGCCAGAUGCAGUGGAUGGUAUAUGGGUUGUGAGUGUGCAUAUAGCUUUUGCAUAUUACCAUCCCUUGUGCAUUGAAACCCUCAAGACAAACCUGGAGAAAGAGAAGAAUCGUGUUCUUAAAAAGAUGAAGCCCAGAGUCAGGCUCCUCCAGAAGACACUCCCAGACUCUGGAGGGGCCAAAGUGACCUGCCGGGCCACUGGUUUCUACCCCCGUCACAUCAACCUGACCCUGCUCAGAGACGGCCAGCCUGUGUCUGACCACCAGAUGACUGGGGGGGAGCUGCUACCUAAUGGAGAUGAGACGUACCAGAUGAGGAAGAGCCUGGAGGUCAGCGCAGAGGAACUAAGAGAGAAACACCAGUACUCCUGCACAGCUGAACACCUCAGCCUGGACAACAAGCUGGACAUCAGUUUAGAUCAUGAGUGGGAUUCAGUCACCACAUCCAUUGUGCCCUCCGUGCUUAUUGCUGCUGGGUUAGUGUGUCUUGCUGGAGUCGUUGCCUUUAUCAUAUGGAGGAGGACCCACACAGGUCGAGGCUCACAGACCUCUCUGCAAGUGAACACAGACGCUUCAGGAACGUCUCCAGACUGCACCCUGCACUCAAACAACGCUCCGCUGAAGUGCUCGUCAACACCCUCGUACAUCACACAACGCUCCACUGAAGUGCUCGUCAACACCCUCGUAACACCACACAACGCUCCACUGAAGUGCUCGUCAACACCCUCGUAACACCUUUCAUCAACUACUGCACUGCAAUCCUGACAGGCAUCCCAAACAAACUCAUCCAUCGCCUCCAACUCAUUCAACACUCUGCAGCACGGAUCAUCACCCGCACAAAGUUCUCCCAACAUGUUACACCUCUCCUGAUAGAGCUGCACUGGCUCCCUGUCUCUCAACAGAUCAACUUUGCACCCAAACUGUGGAACUCACUCCCCUCACACAUCCGCACUCUCCUCUCCAUCUCACAAUACAAACCGGCUCUUGAAACCCACCUUUUCUAGAUAGCUUAUGGACUUUAAUGUGCCUUUUACUACCACUAUGUUUUUAAUUAGUGUGCUGAUUAUUAUUAUUUUCCACUGUGUUAACUCUACUCUGUGUUAACUGUAAAGUGGCCUUGGGUACUCUGAAAGGCACUAUGUAACAAAUAAACAGUAUUAUUAUUAUUAUUACUUUGCACUAUAAAAGCAAUAGAUAGAACUAGGUAGAACUCAUUUCUUGAGUUGCCUUUUUGUAUUGUCCAUUGCUACCUAGUGGCCACAUAUUUUUUGUUUGUCUACAUU